AAAUCGGCUACAAUUCGAAUUUCACUUAGGUACUCACAUCUUCACUUUACAUUCGACGAUAAACAUACCGCCCACAUCCACCUUUCAAUCGUUUUUCGAAAGUCUUUCGCAUUAAACCAGGCAUACGGCGAUGAAGAAAAGUAGGCGAUUUCACCUUUCGCCAUGGUCUUCACCGACUUGAGACACCAGCUGAAGGCCCUCGUUGCCGGACGCUGGUGGCACAGAUACACUCUCCUUCCCGGAAAUGUCACUCACGAUUUUGCCAAGAAGCGCACUAUUAGUUUGAUUGAUACCCGCACUCGCAUCUACAGGCUCGUUAUCAUGGCCAUAGCUUGUGUCGCGUUGAUCGCAUUCUCCGUCAUGUUCAUGUAUGUCAAGGGUGACCUCUCAGCACAAAAAUGCAAUGGUUCCACUCUUGACCGUCACUGCAGACUCCUUCUUUCUCGGCUGUGGGGUCAAUACACGUCUUCAUUCCCUGUUCCCUCUGAAAUCUCACCAGACACCCCCAAGAGUUGCGAGGUCACUUUUGUGCAACUGCUCUCGCGACACGGUGCUCGUUACCCCACGGAGCACAAAUCCUCGGCCUAUGGUACUCUCAUUGACCAUAUCCAUAAUAGCGUAACAGAUUAUGGAAAAGGCUUUGAGUUUAUCAAGGACUACAAAUACACCCUUGGUGCAGACCAGUUGACAAGCAGCGGCGAACAGCAGAUGGUGAUGUCCGGUGAGGUCUUCUAUGAGCGAUACAAGCAUUUAACCAGAAUCCACACACCUUUUGUGCGUUCCUCUGGCCAGGAACGCGUAGUUGAUUCGGCAAAGAGAUGGACAGAGGGCUUUCACGAGGCACGAUUGGAUGACGAGACCUCACACGCCCCGGAUACAUAUCCGUACAAGAUCCUGAUCAUCCCUGAGACAAAAGGAUUCAACAACUCACUUAGUCCUGAUCUCUGCCCUGCAUUUGAGGAUAGUAAAAGCGAUAGUGAUAACGAGAAGGAAAUGUGGAUGGAGAAAGUCGUGUCGCCCUUAACUGAUAGAUUGAACCAAAAUCUUCCAGGUGCUAAUCUCACCAACGAAGAGACUAUCGAUAUGAUGGACCUAUGCCCUUUCGAGACCGUGGCUGAUAAGAAAACCAGACUCUCGAGGUUUUGUCAGUUAUUCACGAUGGAUGAUUGGCGCAACUACGACUACUAUCAGUCGCUGGGCAAGUGGUACGGAUAUGGCAACGGAAGUCCUCUCGGACCAACCCAAGGGGUUGGCUUUGUCAAUGAACUGCUCUCAAGGCUUACCGGCAAACCCGUUGAUGACCAUACAACCACCAAUUCGACUCUCGACGGAUUUGAGGAUACGUUCCCACAUGGCCGUGCCCUGUACGCCGACUUUAGCCAUGACAAUGAUAUGAUGGACAUUUAUGGUGCACUUGGUCUCUACAACCUCACGGCCCCACUUCCGGGCAAUCGCAGAGUCGGUCCACAGAAGGCUAAAGGAUUCUCUGCUAGCUGGGCCGUUCCAUUCGCAGCCAGACUAUACGUGGAAAAGAUGACAUGCGAAGGCGACGACGAGGAGUUGGUGAGAAUUCUGGUCAACGAUCGAGUAAUACCAUUGCAGAAUUGCGGUGCUGAUGUGUUCGGACGCUGCAAACUUAGCAAAUUCGUUGAAAGCCAGAGCUUUGCGAGAAGUGGUGGACAUUGGGAUCAGUGCUUCGUCUGAAUGCCUUUCAGCAUUCGGCCAAUAUUCCCCGUGAGAAGAUCGCCUGAAGUUCCACAUCGUGGCCAAGCCUUACUUGCUUGGUUUGAUGUGCAUCCCAUAGUCAUGAAUCGUGAUUCUUACUGGAUAUGGGGUCCUGCAAAGAACCUGGACUGCGUAUAGCAUGCUCCUUCAAGAGAAUGUACACGAACGUCCGACUUCGCUGGCCCCUUAUCCAGUCAUGACAACGCAGGAUACUAAUAAUAACUUUGAUCAACGACCAUGUCGUUCAUUUUCACAUGGCCCGAAUAAUGAUUUCAAAAAGAGUAAGAAUUACUAUCGUUAGGCAGAAUUUCUGCAACCGUCGUAAGAGAACUGAGACACCAAGGCUGAGAAGCGGUGCAGUAAUGUGAUUGCGAUUAUUGAUAGGCUUGAGUAGGGCCUUAAAGGUAAGACAGUUCUAACAGUCUUUGAGGCUUGAAUGUACAUAUAGGUACCAUCUAUGGUCAGUGAGCACAGGCCACAUCCCGUUAGACUUAACCUGGACUUAACGUCAUUUUUAAGUGGAACUCUUGUGAUACCCCAAGUGCCCUAAUAGCCUAAAAGCCCCACAAGAUCCACUGAUUAAAGCAAGGGCCUACACCUAAAUUAGGUAACUCCAUACCUUAGCGUGGCCCCAUCGAAAACGACGCAAAGGUUGCAGCAGCCGAUAACAGUAACAGGCAUCGUUUCCAGGGAAG